AUGAACUUUGGUCGCUUUCAACGUCCAUCAGGAGGAUACGGCGCAACUCAACGAGAUGCAAUCAACAAUGUGAAGCCUUCCAAUGAUCCGAAUGCCUCUCGGUCUACCAAUGCAUCAACCACAGAUGAAGGGUCACGACUCGCUUCUCCUGGUCCCUCGGGUCCCGCUCCUCCUGUUCUGACUCGUCCUAGAGCCGGCGCGCAUAUAAGUGGAAACCCAGGUCCAACGGUGGCUUUUGGUCCCAGUGCAAGCUCUCGGCUAGCUGCGAGUGCGAAUGCUGGAAACAAUGACGGGGCGACGAUCGGUGCUGCUGGGAAUAAUGCGACUCAUUCGGUUCUUGGACGAAAGGACUCCAUGGAGACCAUGGGGAUGCAACAGCCUACGGACAGUAUCAAUUUGGGUCAAUUGAAAGCUGCUGUUGCGUCUCAGCCAAAGCCAAAGCACUUUACCUAUCGCUAUGAUGACACAGACACCAUCAUGUCCGAGUUGGACGAGUUUUUCCCUUACGAAGAUAUGCAAAACGUAGGCAAGCGGCAAGAACUUUUUGCUCAAGACUUCAAAGGAGCCUGGACGGAGAGCAGCUUGCGAAAGCGUAAAGAGUAUAUGAUGGCACAAUUGGAACUGCUCGAAUCAUCCGUCAAGGCGAAUCGACGGGCUGCUCAAUCAAGGCUGUUCUAUCUCUUACAGGGAUGCUUUGCCGAGGCUACAGGACCAGAGAUGCAGCUUCAUUGGGUCAUUGAAAAUGCCAAACUGUUACGCUCAGUCGAUGGAGUCGGAUCACUCAUCAUGGCCGUCAGGGACGCCAAUAGACGAUUCGCAGGGACAGCGGAACAAGCUUCGGACAAGCCCAACUCUGCAGCUUCUAGCGGACCUAUCCUUCAUCCACCUGAUCCAAAUGACGAGACAAACGCGGAAUUGAUCGAUUCACUGGGGAUGCUGUACUUUGUCGUCGAAGUCUUCAGGACAGACGAUACAUUCGGCGAUCAGCUAAUGGCUGCCCCUACGCCAUUACCUCUUUUCUUGUUCCAGAUGAUUGCUGGACUAAAGGAUCGUCUGCCUCGAGGUUAUCCAGUCAAGAAGGUCUUGCUUUUGAUGUGGAAGACGCUGUUGGCUACGCUCGGAGGAAUGAAGGACGUAGAGAAGGCCAAAGGCCUGUCGAGAGAGCUAGCGGGAUUACCGCCCGUCAAGAAUGAAUUCUUCACCAAAGCGUCUCCCAUUGACAUUACUAAUUGGCGUCGAGACAUGUCUGUCAAAUAUACGACCUUUUACUCGAGUUCGAGCACUGAGGAAAAGCUAGCGGAAGGUAUCAAGCCUAUCCCCCCUAAACCCAACUAUCAUUCUACCGAGAUCCCAUCGGCAGACGUUCAUCGUACCAAGGCUCUUCCCCCAGCUCAACAAAAUCUACCCCUUCCACCCGCCUCAGGUCAGCCAUUACAUACGAACCCCCUCUUGAAUCAGAAUGGUCAACAGAAUAUCCUGGGACAACCUGCCAAGCCCAAAAAACAGCAGUUUCAGACGGAUCCCAACAGACCGUUCAUCUUUCCAUUCUCGUCCCCUUCACCGAAUUCAUUCAUCCCUCCUUCACCCCCACCAUCUUCCGCUUCGUCCUCCUCCUCCUCAUCGGCAUCGUCAUCUUCCCGAUCACGGUUCAUCGACCAAGAGCCCGGUUCGUCCGCUGGUCUAGUCCCUUUCGCCAUUGCGGAGGCAGACAAGCUCUUCGCACGACACGCCUAUGUAUCACUUGGUCUGUAUCAAAUGUGGGAGACGAGGGACGAAUGUAUGCGUGAAGAGAGAGGUUUAGGGAAGAGGGGCUUGAUAGGGUUUGACGAGUUGUCGUUGGACGACGAUCUAGAUACAGAGGGAGAUAUGGAAGGGCUGAGACUGCAGUGGAAGUAUGAAGAGGAGGAGAUGGAAGCGUUGUCAAGGGGUGAUAAGGAAGGAGCGAAAAAGGCGAAAGAAAAGAUGAUAGCGACCAAGAGGCUACGGAGGGUAGAUCUAAUCUAUCGAGACACACUACCCAUCAUGCAGAGCUGCGUCAUUGUUUUACUCAAAUUUCUGCUGGCCACGGUAACUGGACCAGGAGCGGCACACAUGAACAGUCAAGGUGGAGCUGUGCCUCCUGGAUUUCAAUCGCCAACGCAGGAAGCUCCUCAAACCGAGCCUGAAAUGCCUCCUCCGACCAAGGCAGAGAUCGACAUCGCUCGCCAUCGUGAGAUCACGACCAAAGCCGUAUCUGCGAUUCUCAUCUUGCUGCUCAAGUGGUUCAAGGCGUCCCACGUCCUCAAAUUCCAUUAUCUCGCGCAGCUCCUGUUCGACUCGAAUUGUCUAUUGCUCGUCCUGAAAAUGUUUGGCCUCGCCGACGUCUACCAGACUGUACGGACCAAAAACGAAUGCGAGGAUCUCAACUUCUUCCGAUACUGUUAUUUGAAUCAUUCGAAAUCUCCCCCUCGGCCGGAGGACGCCAUGUUGAAUAGCACGACCUCGCCUAAACCUUCAGAAGCUGAUGGAGAUGUCGAGUACAUUACCGACUAUUCAUGGCGCAAUUUCUUCUCCAGCAUUAAUUUCUUAAAGAUCUUGCAGAAAAUGACGAAGCACCGGACGCACAGAACGUACAUGUUGAAUCAAUACAAGUCGUCGCAAAUUCUCAAGCGUAUGCUUCGCGCCAAUCAGCCAAUGCUGCAGCUCCAGGUGCUCAAGUUGAUCAAAAGUCAAAUGCCGUGGUGCGGUCGCAAGUGGAGACAGACCAAUAUGAAGACGAUCACCUCGAUCUACCUUAACUGUCGGCCUGAUUUGAAGGAUGACUGGCUUGCAGGUACUGAUCAAGAUACUGAGCUCGACGAUGCGCUGCCCCAGGAGUAUGCCCUGCGAUCCCUCAUUUCAUUCUACAAUCGCCAACACUAUGCACAAUCGCAUACCAGCACUGGACAUCAGCGAUCCAACUCCAUCUCCGCAAUGACACUUGAUGAUCCCGCAUUGAAUCCUCCUCCUGGAUCGACCCAUCCAGCUCACGUCCGUCGAUCAGUAUCCUCCUCUUCGAAUUCUGAGCGUGAUGUGUUUCCACCUCGCAAGACCUCGGCUGGAGCGGAGGAAGGCUCAAUGGGCAUGGGACUGGGAUAUGACACGUAUGAUCCGGAUGAAAUGACGAAUUACUGGAUACACGAGUACGAAGACGUAUUGAUGAAAGUAUUUGGAGGAUCGUCAGACACUCAAGAAGAAUGGCUCGACAUGGACAACCAACAGGAAUCUACCGGAGCUCGAGGUUUCACCAACGACAAUGCCGCUCCUGGAUCGAUCACUUCUCAAGCCAUGCGUAUCUUUGGACCGCAGGCCUCGGAUCGAGAUGAUGCGUCUUGGUUGAGAUUGGAAGAGAUCAUAAGGUCAAGGAACGGCGGGACGGGAGCAUCUGUGGAAGACGAUGCCAUUUCGGAUUCGGAAAGUGUAGUGACUGUCGGGGAGCUUGGUGAAGAUGCGAGGGCAAUGGGUCCGGGUACACCAGGCGUGGGAUUAUCGAGCGAGGUGCCCGUGGAUGUGGAUGACGUCGGAGAAUUUGCAACGCAACAGAUGGAAGAGCCGGGAUCAGGGAAGAAUACGUGGGAGCACAUGUCACCUACGACCUUGUCCCGUCUCCCUCCAUCACCUCUCGAACGACGUCGUCGAUCUUCUGCCGCGCGUAAAGGGGUUCCCGAUCCCGCAGUUCCGACCACUGACGCCGCCACACUUGCCGCCGUCACCUCCGCAGGGAGAACAGGAUCAGAAGGAAGUGCGGGAGUUGCGCGACGUCGAUCAAGCGCUUCAUCACCUCUUCGUCCUGUCAUUCGACCUGAAGAAUCAUUAGAAAGGAUAGAUAGGAGGAUGAUGCGAGACAGAGACAGAGAAAGAGAAAGAGGAGAGAACGAUGAUCCAUUUAACGAUUUGGAAAAUGUCAAUAUUGAUGAUGAGGUGGGUAUACUAGAGGAUGGAGAAGAAGAGGAGGACGACGACGAGGACGAGGACGAAGCAUUCGACGUGAGGGGUCCUAUGCCCAUUGCGAAGACUCAGGAUCAGAGAGAAAGAGCUGGAGCAGCAGUAGAUGAAGUGGAAUAUGCGUAUGGGGAAUGA